ACGAUUUAAAAUAAAACGCUUCUAAUAAAAUCGAAUUAAAAUAACACAGUUGUUAUCCCGCUUUCAGAAUCGCUUUAUUUAUCGUUCCCAUCUGCUGGUUUAAAUCGCAUUUUUCACCUGCAAGCGUUCACCAAGCGUUCUCACUUGGCAUGAAAUCGGUGUUUAAAUAAAGCGAUUCUUCCCCUCCAUACCUUAUUUGGAGUUGUCAAUCAAUACUACGUCACAAUGACGUAACGUUAACCCGCAUUAAUCGGAAUCGAUUUAUCUGCGACGAUCGUUUCCAUCUAGUGACCGUUUCUGAUUCGAUGUAUUUUUGGCGGUUUUUUUUAAAUGGACCAAUCAAGGCGCUUGUUCGAUCAAACGUCAUAAGCGCUGCCUACCUUAACUUAUACUUUCCCACAUUCCCCUCCCACUGCUACCUGUGUUACCUUUGCCUCGUACAUCUACACUCAUGGAUCAUCGUAGGAAAUUUGCGUAUAUGUUUUCCUUUAUUACCUUGCUGAUAGAAAAAUUAAUGGACCAAUGCAGAGCUGUCAUGACAUUGUGUGACAGCGGAGAACAUGCUGCAGAAAUGAGACAUUAUCUUCUCAUUUUGGAUGAAAUGCUUCCUUUCUUUCGCCACGGCGCCCUAAUCAGCUUUCAGCCGAUGCCUAGAAGGUGGUGGAUAUACCCCAAGACAGAUGUGCACUGGAACGUCUUUGCUAGAACUGUCUGGUCUGAUUCUAAUUGGAAAACGCACUUCAGAAUGCCGCGCGCUGUUUUUAAAAUGAUUGCUGACGAGCUGCGUCCCCAUCUUUCCCGGCAAAACACACGAUUCCGUAAGGCAGUUCCUGUAGAAAAGCAGAUUGCCAUGGCCAUAUUUUACCUGGCACAUGGUGGCUCCUAUGCCACAGUUGGAACUUUUUUUGGUGUUGGAAAGUCUACGGCAUACAAGGCUAUCAUUCAGGUGUUCCUGUGUAUGGAAAUGGUCCUGCUGCGGAGGGCAGUAUACCUUGGAGAUUACAGGAAGAUUAUGUCUGGAUUUGAAGCCCUGGGAUUUCCACAGGUGAUUGGAGCAAUUGACGGUUGCCACAUCACGAUUAAGGCGCCAGCUCACGAGGGACCGCAGUACAUUGACCGUAAACAGCAACACUCCAUUUUUCUACAGGCAACAUGUGAUCACACGGGAAAAUACGUAGAUCUCUACACGGGACAUAGCGGAGUAAAUCACGAUUCCCACGUGCUUCAAGAGUCCCCUAUCUAUCAUGCUUUCAAAGCUGGACUCUAUGUUCCUGGCUGUCCAACUUUGACAAUUAAAGGACAACAGGUCGGGCCACUUCUUUUGGGCGACUGUGGUUAUCCAAUUAAACCUUUCCUGCUCAUCCCUUUCAAAAUUGGUCAUAGCAGGAGGGAGCGGGUAUAUAAUAAGAGAUUAUGUCGUGCUAGAAUCGUUAUUGAACGUUCUUUUGGGCGUUUGAAAUCCAGAUUUCAGGCGCUUCAAAAAGGUCUGGACCUGUCCCUUCAAAAUUUACCUUCUGCAAUAUUAUCUUGCUGCAUUCUGCAUAACAUAAUAGAGAGCAAUGGAGAUGUCCUUCUGGGACAAAACACUUCUCCUGAGACAUAUGUCAUUGACCCUACAACUUAUAUGACUGAUCAACAGGAGAGGGAACAGGGGGAAAGGAUCAGAGAAGCCUUUGUUGAGUAUUUUAAUUCCUAAACCCUUUAACAAAAUGUACACUGUAACAUUGCAAUGUACUUCUGUUUGAAAAAAUUAUGAUAUACAUUUCAAUUAAUACUACUUGUCUUUUUAAAAUGUAUUACACUGAUCUCUGUAAUAUUGCAAUAAAUCUUUUCUGCACA